AUGGCAAACAGGAAGCACGUACGCCAACAUACCACUGCUCUUUUCACCCGAUUUCCGAAAAAUGGACGCAUACCCUUCAAACAAGUCGCUUCAGCAACUUGGAUCUCGACGACUGCCCUGCUGAUAGGAAUCGGAUUUGUGGUUGCAAUAGCGUUCACCGUGGAUGGGAAGCCAACGAGAGGCAACACGUGGUACGAGUACGCCCCUACAUUCAUCGCAUUAGGAGCAGUUAUACUUCGAGGCGCGCUUGCUGCUCUGCUCGGGAUUGCGCUUUAUCAAAGUCUUUGGCAAAAUAUUGCCGCGCCGGCCUUGGACAACGGCGAGUCGCUUCUUGGAACUAAGAAACGAGGUGGCAUUUCGUUGAAGAGGAUCGAAUCGCUUCAUUUAGCCUCACGUCUGGCAGUCGGCAUGUUCAGUUAUCCGCAGUUCAGGGCAGGCUGGAUAAUCGGCGUCCUAGGAUUGGCCGUCACAUCAGCAGUGCAGCCUGUCUUGCAAUCCGCCAUCACAGUGAGGCAGGAAAGGCAGAUCGUUCAGACAGGAGUACCUAUAUACCAUCCCCAGUUCAACGGGUCGCUGGCUCAAAGCGAAUCGGCCGUAAUGCUCGCAGGGGGUGCAACGACAAUACCGAGGCGAUCAGCAAUAGCAGCCUUGCUGGGUGAGCACAGUAGUCUUCGCUACACGGACACCAAUGUCACUGGCUCUGCAAAAUUCGGAUCCGUCGAAUAUCUCGACGUAGAUUGCAAAAUAGACGCCAUCCCAGGGAAUUUAUCCAAUCUGAAUGGCUGGGAUGUGUAUAAUUUCACAUACCGAUAUCCGGACGCAGAGAAGUUUUCAGAUGACCCCCAGGAAGACCUGACCCAGUUCCGGGAUGUAUCUAAUUCCACGGUACUAUAUGAUGGCGUUGACAUUCAAACGACACUGAAGUCCAGAAUUGAGGUGCAAGCCGUCAUGUUCAAUAAUACACAUUACCUCAAGCAUCUUUGCACGGUCCAAACGGCAGUAGGAACUUGUACCACUCGUAUUGAAGGAGGCACCGGAAGCAUGGGUGGCCUUAAUUGUAUUCGAGAUCGGUUUAUUAACGUUGACAGCGAUAUGGAUAAAGAUGGUUCAUUCUACGGGCCGGCGGGGGGAGUGAUGGCACUAUUCUCGUCAUUUCUUAAAGUGUUUGUGGGCAAAGCGGUGCUAGACAUACGCGCCAGAUUUAACUUUGGACAGUCACUGUUCAUGCUGGGAACCAUGGUCGUGGAUAUCGAUACGAAGCUUGUCAUGCCGUCCGACCUAUUGUCUCACAUGCAGCGCGUGCUUUGGGUCACACCUUUACUGGCAAAAUCCGGAAGUCCGCAACAGGCGGCAUUGAACGUCACCAUGUCCGUCUCAGACGAGCAUAACGUGAUUAUCUACGAAGUCAACAAGCCGCGCGUUGUCGCCACGGUUGCCGUCUUGUUGCUCACUGGGUUCGGAUGUUUGGUCUACCUAUCUUUUUGGAGUAGCGGGGCAUGUGGGCGUCUCGCGAGAGACAGCUUGAUUCAUUCCCUCACGGUCGCUGGUCCCAAUGGCCCUGCUAUACAGGGCGCGUGCUUGGCUUCCUUGGAAGAAAUACUGGACAAGGCGGGGGACGAGAAACUCAAGUACGGCACGAUCUUGGAGGCCACAGAUUCGUUAAGCGGACAUCUUGGUCUAUUGAGGCAUGGGUAUAAAGUUUGGCUGUAUAUGCUUGGCGAUAAUCCUACCCACUCUUUUCACGACGUGUGCGUAAUAAUAUGA